AAUGGAAAUAUCUAACUGAUUUCGUUUCAGCCCUAACAGGUGUAUUUAUUCCUCCUGCCGCGACAAAUAGCCACCGAUAUGCAAAUAUCCACACCAUCUUCCGUUUCCGGUCGGCCUGUUGCCUUGGUAACAGGGACGCGCUUCCCUCCCGGCAGUUAUGGCGGCGCUCGGGGGCGGCGCGCAGAUCCCCGAUGGCGAGUUCACGGCGGUCGUGUACAGGCUGGUCCGCGACGCCCGCUACGCCGAGGCGGUGCAGCUGCUGAGCGGGGAGCUCCAGCGGAGCCCCAAGAGCCGCGCCGGCCUCUCGCUGCUCGGCUACUGCUACUACCGCCUGCAGGAGUUCGCGCUGGCGGCCGACUGCUAUGAGCAGCUGGGCCAGCUGCACCCCGAGCUGGAGCAGUACCGCCUGUACCAGGCCCAGGCGCUCUACAAGGCCUGCCUCUACCCGGAGGCCACCCGGGUCGCCUUCCUCUUGGACAGCCCUGCCUAUCACAGCCGGGUCCUGCGCCUGCAAGCUGCCAUCAAGUACAGCGAGGGCGACCUGCCUGGGGCCAGAAGUCUGGUGGAACAGCUGCUGAGUGGGGACGGGGGAGACGACAGUGCUGGGGAGACUCAGACUGAUGGCCAGGUGAACCUGGGCUGCCUGCUCUACAAAGAGGGACAGUAUGAGGCUGCGUGUUCCAAGUUCUUUGCGGCCCUGCAAGCCUCAGGCUACCAGCCUGACCUUUCUUACAACCUAGCUUUGGCCUUUUACAACAGUAGGCAGUAUGCUGCAGCUCUGAAGCAUAUUGCAGACAUUAUUGAACAUGGCAUCUGCCAGCACCCAGAGCUGGGUGUAGGCAUGACCACAGAAGGCAUUGAUGUUCGCAGUGUGGGCAACACCGUAGUCCUUCACCAGACUGCUCUGGUGGAAGCCUUCAACCUCAAGGCAGCCAUAGAAUAUCAACUGAGAAAUUACGAGGUGGCCCAGGAAACCCUCACUGACAUGCCACCUAGAGCAGAGGAAGAGUUAGAUCCUGUGACUCUACACAACCAGGCACUAAUGAACAUGGAUGCCAAGCCAACGGAAGGGUUUGAAAAACUCCAGUUUUUGCUCCAGCAGAACCCCUUCCCUCCAGAGACCUUUGGCAACCUGUUAUUACUCUACUGUAAGUAUGAGUAUUUUGACCUAGCAGCAGAUGUCCUGGCAGAGAACGCCCACUUGACUUAUAAGUUCCUCACACCCUAUCUCUAUGACUUCUUGGAUGCCAUGAUCACUUGCCAGACAGCUCCUGAAGAGGCUUUCGUGAAGCUGGAUGGGCUAGCAGGGAUGCUGACUGAACAGCUGCGAAAACUUACUAAACAAGUACAAGAGGCAAGACACAACAGAGAUGAAGAAGCUGUCAAAAAAUCAGUGAAUGAAUAUGAUGACACUCUGGAGAAGUAUAUCCCUGUGUUGAUGGCCCAGGCAAAAAUCUACUGGAACCUUGAAAAUUACACAAUGGUGGAAAAGAUCUUCCGUAAAUCUGUGGAAUUCUGUAGUGACCACGACGUGUGGAAGCUGAACGUGGCACAUGUUCUGUUCAUGCAGGAGAACAAAUACAAAGAAGCCAUCGGUUUUUACGAACCCAUAGUCAAGAAGCAUUACGACAACAUUCUGAAUGUCAGUGCUAUUGUACUGGCAAAUCUCUGCGUUUCAUAUAUUAUGACAAGUCAAAAUGAAGAGGCUGAGGAGCUGAUGAGGAAGAUUGAAAAGGAAGAAGAGCAGCUCUCCUAUGACGACCCAGAUAAAAAAAUCUACCACCUCUGCAUUGUGAAUUUGGUGAUAGGCACACUCUAUUGUGCCAAAGGGAAUUAUGACUUUGGCAUUUCUCGAGUUAUCAAAAGCUUAGAACCGUAUGGUAAAAAACUGGGAACUGACACCUGGUAUUAUGCCAAAAGAUGCUUCCUGUCCCUAUUAGAAAACAUGUCAAAACACAUGAUAGUGCUGCGUGACAAUGUUAUUCAAGAAUGUGUGCAGUUUCUUGAGCAUUGUGAAGUUCAUGGUAGGAAUAUACCUGCCGUUAUCGAGCAACCCCUGGAAGAAGAAAGAAUGCACUCUGGGAAGAAUACAGUCACAUAUGAAUCCAGACAGCUAAAAGCCUUGAUUUAUGAGAUAAUAGGAUGGAAUAUGUAAUAAUGUCUUAGGACUUUUAUCAGUAUACUUUGUUAUAUUUAUAUGACACUGUUUUACCUGUAUUCAUUGUUGAUAUUUUUGCCUAUCUUACAUCUUGACAUUAGUAUGAUUGAAGAUUAUAGUUACAAAUAAUUUACAUAUUACAUUUCUUUGAGAAACCUCUGAAAAUGAAAUAUAACCAAAAGAAUUGAACUCUUAGGACUUAUGAAACAAUUUUAAAAACGAGAAAUCCCUGCCUAGUAGUAUGCAGUGCCUAUAUUCCUUUUAUUUUUGUAUCUUUCGUGCUUGCUAGAACCUACACAACAAGAUUAUACCAUGCAAGGACUAGAUUCUAUCAAUUUUAAAACUUGGUUAAUGAAUUGGACACCUGAAAUAACUAUUUCAAGGACUGUGUGCUCCAAAAAUUUACCCUUAAUGAUUGCAUUAAUUUUAAUGAAUAAGUUUCACAUACAUUUUAGUGUGUAUUUGGAGACCUUUCCCAUAUAGUUAUAAUAUUUUAACAAAAAUAUUCCCUGUGUUCUAAACACAUUUUUUAAAAUGUACACGCCAAUGCCAAAUAUUGUGCCAUAACAUAAUUAUGGUGCUAUCAUGUGGAGACAGUAACCAUUAAUAAAUUUCAUGGUUUGCUUUUAUCCCAUUUGUUAAUAGUUUAAAUAAUAAGCUCUUGCUGUGUACAUAAUUAAUCUUUAACUGUGACUAGUAACAGAGGUAGUCUUAAUUCUCACCCUUCUGUUUCUACUUGGGGCACAUUAAUGCUAGAGUUUGUCCAUAUUGUAACCUCCUGUAAAAAUAAAGACAAUUCUACUCUAUUCCCAGGACCUCAUCAAAGCCCCCUCCUGUUCACACAGCAGAUGGUAUAGCAGUGAUUCUAAACUUGAUCUUAUAGAUUCAUAAUGCCAGUUUCAUAAUAAAAAUCCUCUCAGUGUUCUGAGGUCUUCAUGAUAAGCCCUAUUUGUCUGUUCAGGCAUUUAAUUUUCUAUAAACUACAGGAGCUUUAUUGUUUAUUUCCUCAGCCUCUUACCCCUUCGCUGUUUAUAAAUGUAACUAUCAUUCCCAUUUGACCUGACUUCGAAAAAGUCAGUAGCUUUAGGUCAAAUUACAAGAAACUGAUGAUUUUAAAUUUUUUUUCAGCCUAUGAGAACAGUGAUAUCUAUGGUUCAACCUAGUUGCUUUCAACAAAUAGUAGGAAUUCCUGCUAUAAAAAUUUCCUGCCCUUCAAGAAGAAACCCCAGCUACAAAGUUAUUCAGCUGAACUCUUCACAAAGUAAUUCCACUAUAGCGUGACCUCCUUAGGUCUUUAGGUGCUGAAAUCCUGCAUAACUAUCAGAGUCUGACUCUUUGUGAAUACUAAUCUAAGUCACUUUUAUCUACUAUGUGAGCUACUACCAUUUAUUUCAUUGAUGGUGAUGGUCUCAGAUUUAGAGGAAAAACCUAAAGACUUUUAAGAGAUGACUUUAUAUGCCGAAUAUUGUGGAAACUUUUCCAUUUCUUUUAAGUGUUCCAUAAUCUAGGUCAAGUCUGACAAAUCCUUUACAAUCCAGAUUAGACAGUGCUCAGACCCUAUGUGCCCUCCCCCCCAACACUGGGACUUAACUGAGGUCAUGUGACCAGACUUAGAUGUAGGUGACCAUUGAAGAGUUGCUAGAAUUAAACAGGGUAUUAAAAAAAAAAAAAGUGGUAUUAUAAGCCGGUGAAUUAUAGAAGAGAGUGUUGGUGGUAUUCUGGUGAUUGUAAAUAUCUAGUUUUUGACUGAACUAUUUCUCAUUUAGCAAAUAAAGACAAACUGGCAUUCU